UCAGUCGCUUCCUUCACUCAUCUCUCCAGCAUGUCGCUGAAGGUCCAGACCAGUAAUGUGACCAAUAAGACAGAUCCAAAGUCCAUCAAUUCCCGGGUGUUUAUCGGCAACCUGAACACAGCGGUGGUGAAGAAGUCGGAUGUGGAAAGCAUCUUCUCCAAGUAUGGCCGGGUGCUGGGCUGCUCAGUGCACAAGGGCUACGCCUUCGUCCAGUACGCCAGUGAGAGGCACGCCAGGGGGGCUGUGAUCGGGGAGAAUGGCAGGGUGCUGGCAGGACAGACGCUGGAUAUCAACAUGGCUGGAGAACCAAAGCCAAACAGACCCAAAAUCCUGAAGCGAUCAGCAGCUUCUCUGUACAGUGGCUAUGAGUUUGACUACGAUUACUACAGAGAAGACUUCUAUGACAGGUUGUUUGAGUACCAUGGCAGGGUGUCACCGGUCCCUCGAGUGGUGCCCGUUAAACGCCCACGGGUAGCGGUGCCUCUGGUACGACGGGUCAAAUCCUUGCCGGUCAAACUGCUGGCACGUAACGCCUCUGUCCUCCCCACCAGCAACGGCAACAAACAGAAGGCAGUGAAAGGUGCAGAGCUUCAGGCGAUCAAGUCAGAGUUGACUCAGAUUAAAGCCAACAUCGAAGCUUUGCUGGGCAGACUGGAGCAGAUCACAGAAGACACACACAUCACCGCCACAGAGCUGAGGAAGGCAGACGAGUGUAAGAGCGAGGAGGCGUGGCAGGAUGGGGAGGAGUCAAGCUCAGAGCUGGAGGACGAGGAGGAGCACAGACAGAACAGCGAAGCUGAAGAGGAGGAAGACGAGGAGGAGGAGGAGGAGGAGGAGGAGGAGGAGGAGGAGGGAGAGCACACGCAGGACGACACUCAUGACCACAUGCCGGAGAACAGUCGCCUAUCAUCAGAGAUGGACUCCAUUCACCCAUGA